AUGGUCACAGCUCUCGGGGAGGAUGCACAAGUCCUGAGCCCAGCUCAGAGGCUGGCGUCACAGGAGCUUUCAGGAAGAGAAGGUGGGUUGAGCCCUGGGUCUGUGGCCACCUGCCUUUGGAUGGCAGGUAGCGAUGCCCAGCGGCUGUGGCUGCAGCGCCGCAAGGAGCCGGCCUUUGCCUCCUGCUUCCUGCUUCCUCUGCCUCCCCCGUCGGACCCGCCCUGUCUGUCCUCCAACCUGCCUGGUCGCUGCGGUGCUUGGCCUCUCCUGGAAAUGUCCGGCCCUGCUCCUUCCACUCUCCAGAGAGAAACGGGUCCCACUGUCCCCUGCCUGCCUUUGGAGUGGGUGCUGGUGGAGGAUGCAGAGGCAGGAGGAAAAGGAAAACAUUUAAUUUCCACCCUGGGCGUAGUCUAUCCCAGCUUCCUUGUGGUGCGCUGUUUCUGUCUGCCUUUUGUCUGUGUGCUGGUGGUGUCAGAGCCGACCAUCCCUCCUUUAACACCACUGUGCCAAACUGUGUACCCUCUUUCCACGUCCAAACAUCUUGCCCCCAAAGAAACCCACUUGGGGCCCAGCUCCCCGGAGGCACCUGCGCCUCGGCCUGGUGCGGCCCCAGCCCCGCCGGCCCCAGGCCGGGCCGAGUCAGGCUCCCCGCGCUGGGCCCGGCCGGCCGGGGGCUCCGGGCGAGGCCUCCCUCCCACGUGGGUGGAGCCUGCGCCCGGCCGCCCUCCUGCCCGCUUUCUCCAGGAGUAA